CCCCCAGCGCCCCUUUGCUCCCCCUUUCCGCGGGAUGAGGCGAGCCCCGCCGAGGGGCGGAAUUGUCUCCUGAAAGGACUGCGGCUGCGAGCCGGCCUCGGGGAGGAGGAUCGGAGGCGGCGGGUUUGCGCCGGGUGUCGCCCGGGAGAAGUGCUAAAGCCGGCCGGCGCAGCUUGGACUCCGGCAGUGGGAAUAGCUCUGUCCGCAAGCGGAAAGACAACACAGAUCCUUCCUUGUGCAUCCAGGACAAGAGGCAGAGAGUGACAUAUAAAUGGCUGGGAAACGACACUUAGAGUCCCUGGACCCCAUGAUUUACAACAAGAUACCUCGGCUGGAGACAGAGCCAAAUCGCGUCCUCCCCGGAGGCUUGUGUAAAUCCAGCCCCUUGCCAAGUCCUGGCUCUGAAAACCAUUUAACUUACAAGGGAUCCUACUUUGCAUACCCACUGCAAAACCAUGAUGGGACAGAGUCUCUGGCCCACUGGAGCUCAGCAGCAGCAUACAUGCAGUAUGCAGGCAAUGCUGUAAACCAGCACCUCCGGACAGAUGGAGCUGUAAUGAACUGCCUUCUGUACAGACGGGAGCCCGAGAGCAUGGGGGGGUUUUUACCAAGCUCAGGUGCUGAGAAGGGCAAGGACAGUAUGGUCCGAGACCUCUUGAUGGCUCGGGAAAAGUGGGCAAACCAUGUGGGGCACCAGGACCCGCUCCAGCAAGCUCAGGGCCAUGCUUUCCCCCUGCCAAAACCUGUGGUCAUGAACAAAGCAGUUGCUCAGGCACCUACAGGCUGUGCCACCCUGGCAGUGCCCAAGCCAGUGUACAGAACCCCCAUUUGCUAUGUGGAUCCCAGGACUUCCGUGUCCUUAGGCUCACACAUGGAAAGCUUGCAGAAGAGGUCAAUGGAAAUGGAAUGGACUUUACCAGCCCCAGUCUCCUCAGGACACCACCCCCACCUCAGUGAGCAGCACUGUGGAAUGGCCGUGCACAAGAAGGCCCAUCACCCUGAGCCCAACUUCCUGCCACCACAUCAAGGCACAGGGGUUCCUGCAAAAGAGACACUAGCAUCCACAGUAGGUUUCUCACCUUAUUCUGCAGCAUUUGAGAAGUACAGGGCACCUAAAAACACCUCCUUUCUUGAAGCAAACUACCCUGCUGUGUAUAACCAGAAAAAUUGUACAGAGGUUGUGGGCAGCAACUUAACCCAAAAUGCAUGGUCCAAGAUGUAUCCUUCCACAACCAGCCCUGGACUCCAUUCCCCAGCAUCAGUCUAUCAAGAGAGGACACCCCCUUGCUACCCCCUCUCCCAUUACCCUCUACCCUUGCAGAAGCAGACACUGUUAUAUCAUCAGGAGGGCCCUCAUGCUGAGAAGCAGAACGGCUCCCUGUCGACCUUGCCAUCUUCAGGCAGCUACAAAGGAUUUGGUUUUCUGGGUAGUGGGGAUCCUCGGGCAUUUCCUAGUAGUUACCUUAGACAACAGCUGCCCCGAAGCUACUAUCCUGGCCCUCUGGAGAGCUAUGUCUAUAGAGCAGCCAGUUCAAUUCCAACAGCUUCUCCCACUUCAAAGCCCAGUGCUCCUUCCCGAGAGCCUGAACUGCAGAAAAACACAAGCUGCAAAAUAGAAUUCCUGCCACAGAGCCCCUCCUUUCCUUUUGCCUCCCCUGACCUGUCUUUGUACAACACCUCCUUGGGCAGCUCACAUGCUCACCAUGAUCAACAUGUGGAUGAUACAGUGCCUACUUUUCAUGGGACUCAGCUGGUGAAGGAGAGCCCUAGAAGCAAGCAGAUGGCUAGCCACCACAGUGCUUUCCAAGCAGUGAACUCUCUAAACAGGCUCACAGAAGCGCUGCCUAAAGGAGAGAUGGGUUAUGGGUUGGGCCUCUGUCCAGCACACAAGCCCAGCCUGAAUGGGCUGGAGCCAUCACACCCUGACAAGAGAAGGUCCAGUUUAACCUGCAGAGAAACCAAGCCAAGGAGCACACAGACUCGCGAAGCUGAGCCAGGAGCUCCCAUUGUCAUUGCUGAUAGUCCAGUCCCGCACCACCACCAGAGUAAACGGGAAUCCUCCAAAGUCAGAGACUUCACAGAGGGGCUCGUAGCUUCCCCUCAGAUUGUGUCUUCUGAGGAGAGACAGAAAGGCCUGAGAAAUGCUAGGGGUUCUCCUCCUUCCCCACCCAUGCCAGUUAUCAACAAUGUCUUCAGCCUGGCACCUUAUCGAGACUACCUGGAAGGACCCUCUGAAGGGCCAGGAGAGAGCCCCUGCUCCAAAAAUCAACAAAGAGAAGGUCCAGCCAUCAGAAACACUGUUAACAGCCUGGGAAGUGGAGACUCUGCUAAGCCUGUCUCGGAGCCAUCUGCUAUCAAGAAUGUCUCAGAAAAAACCAAGUUGUUACCUGCUGAGAAGGAAGCAGAGAGCAGGGCAAGUAAACCUGGUAAAAUGAGGGUGAAGGAAGGGGAUUGUUACAAAACAAGCUCUGAGCCAAAGCAGCUCCUACAUAGCCUGUCCAUGAAGAGUGACCCUGAGCCUCGGAGUGGCAGGCAAAGUGCCCCAGCUGCCAGUGGGAGCAGGGAGGUCAUCCACAAUGAGGUAGUGCUAGACCUUAGCUUGAAAAAAAAGCUAGCGAAGUCUGAUGAUGCUGGGAGGCAUGCUGGUCAGACAGAGGGGAUGCCAAAAAGAGAAGAGGGUGAACAAGAGAGAGAGGCAUCCCUGAAGAAGCAGGAGGUGUGUGAGGGGUCUGAGACACAGGCCUUGCCCCUGCAAGCAGGAAAUGGCUCUGGGGAUAAAAGCAACUUCCAUAGUUCGGCAGCUUUCAUGUUCACAAAGUUCAAAAUCCUGAAAUCCCUCCCUGCGGGGACAGUGCCCUCAGUCCAGCCCAGCAGCCCGUCCAUGCAGCAAAGCUACCCCAUGAUGACUCCUCUCACCAGUGCCCCCAUGCAGCCAAGCCCCAAAGCAGCAAUUCAGGCUAACACCCAGCAGUUGCAAAUCACGUGCCUUAAUUUGAAACUACCAGACAUUUCAGAGGCCCUGCCCCCCAGCGCACCAGAGGUAUCCCCUGUGCUAGGAGAGGGCAAUGUCUCACUGCCCAGCAACUGUGAAUCCCCUGCCCAGCAGACUUCUUCCAGCCAGUAUUUCACCUCAUUGCACGUGUCUCUCUGCAACGUCAUCUCAUAUUCUGUGUGCGGAGCACCGCCAGAGCUCCUGAAGGAAUGGCUGAAGAGGGCCGAGCCAGAUGAGCUGAAAGAGAGGCCAAAAUCACCUCCCAAACACAAGAACGGGUCCCGGAUACUGGAAGCCCAGAAACCCACCAAAAGCAAGGAGAUCUGGUUGGAUUUCAAGGAUGCCUCCAUGCUUCUCAGCAAACUGUUGUCUCAGCUAGAGACCUUCAUGUUUACUCGCAAGUGCCCCUUUCCACACGUGGUCCGAGCAGGUGCUAUCUUCAUCCCCAUCCAUGUGGUGAAGGAGAAGUUGUUCCCUAAGCUCUUGGGACUGUCUGUUGACCAAGUGCUACAGGAGCACAAGGUGGAGCUGCGUCCUACCACCCUCUCAGAAGAGAAGCUUUUGAGGGACUUGGAGCUGAAGUGCUGCACUUCCAGGAUGCUGAAGCUGCUGGCCCUGAAACAGCUGCCUGACAUCUAUCCUGAUCUUCUGACUCUCCACUGGCAUGAUUGCAUCAAGCAGCAGCUUGGUGAACCUGACGUGGAGACUUUGAAAGCGGAAAGAAAUACAGUAGCAUCAGAUUCUGUGAAGAAAAAGGAAGUGCCUGGAACUGUGUCGAAUAAAACCCCUGAGCUGUCCACCCACAUACUCAAGGGAAAGCGCAAGAAAGGAAAGUUUCUGAUUGCCUCCAAGCAGGGGUCUUCCUCCGAGGGUGAGGCUGCUGCCGUGGAACCUGAGAAGAACCAGCCACUUGAUGAGAAGCCUCAGGAAAGCUGCUCCUUGGUCAAAGAUGAGAGUGUGUGCCCCCAAGAAGGUGCGGGCUCUCCAGAUUUAACACCCAAAAGACUUUCAUUGCUUUCAGGUGCCAAGAAGUCAGUCUUCCAGAGCCACAAGCCAGGCAGGACCCUUCAGCUUAAGCUAACCAGUAAAGCUGCCAGGAAGACCAGGAGUACUUCAAGGGUUCUCCAUCUCCGGAAUUCAGUGGUCCAGAUCAAAUUCCAGCGGGUCCUUCAGCAAUCACAGAGGAAUCCUCUCCGCCACCCUAGGCAGGCUCCAAGGAGAGACUGCUCCCUGCUGAGCAAGACUCUUGGGCCUCGCAGACAUGAGGCAAAGAUGCCUACCUCACCACCCAGGUACCCAGAAUUGGUGGGCAAGCGAAUUCGGCACCUGUAUGAAGAGAAAGACAAGACGGAGGCCUGGUACCAGGGAGUAGUUCUGAGGGUUCACAAGCAACACAAGGACCCUCUGAAGACUGUGUAUGAGGUGAAGUAUGACAGCGAACCAGAGUGGCAAUACUACCUGGAGAUCCUGCAGGACUACAAGAAAGGCUGGCUGAAAGUGGAUGAGUGAAGUGGACCUGGGAUGGCACUGACAACUUGCAGCAUGAGCAACUACAAUUUGGGAAGGAUAAAGAGCUCCAGGGCUGCUGUUUGUCUUCCCCACCAUAAGUCCCACCUCCUUCAUGGGUCUUAUCAUACUUGGCAUCACUAGAGCAUGCUGGAAGAGAGAAAUGCCAUGUAACCAAAUGACUUCAUUCCUUCCUCCUCAGAUUACCCUUGUGCCUUUUCUCUCCCAAAUGGACACCAAAGCACCACAGUGCCUUGUGACUGUAGUAGAAAAUAGGGAGGAAAAAGGACCCACAGGAGGUCCAUGUGUGUGGUUUUGUGGGAGGAGGUGGUCUUUCUGUUCUUUGGAUCUGUUCAAAACAAUUACUUCUGUCUGGCUGAGCCUUCCUCAUGACCUACCAUCAUUCCUUAUCACCACAGACAUCCCUUCCUGGAGAGAGUAACCUCCUAGAAGCUGGGCUCACAAGUUGAGGCCACCUUCAGUAUUCAAAUGGACAUGUCAUUUAGAGGCAGAACUCCCAACAGCCUGUGUAUAGAGCACCUCACCAAGCAUGCACAGCUCAGGAACACAGCAGGGGAAAUUCUAGCACGCUGUCCUUCUAUUAAACACCUUUCAGCUUCUCCUUCUCAUCCAUGGGCUUCUGUGGGAGCACCUCGCCUGUCUCUUUGCAUAAUCUUUUUCUCUCUCUCUCCCUUCUCAUUUUCAAAUGGAAAGCAUUUCAGCUCCAUCUGGCUGAUAUUGUGGCAUCUCCUAUAAAGAAUGCAUCCUAAGAGCCAAACUCUUCUGGUGUGUAUCUUGAACUAAUUGUAGAGGCAAAAUCCUGGAAGCUAAAUUAAUAAUAGAUGCACAGGGCUGGAUUCCAUUCCCGUGAGGUCAAUGAGAGUGUUGUCAUGGGUUCACUGGGGCAGGAUCUGAUGCUUAAUUCUAAUGUGGUUAUUUCCUAUACCCUCUUCACCCCAUUGGAGUGGAGUUGCGGUUUAUUUUUAUAUGUUGUUUUCGUGUAGCUGUUUAAUGUGCUGUGAGACCCUACCCUAAAACAUGAACAUUUCUGAUGGAACUGCCCUGCGGGAAACACAACUCACGGAACCUCAGUAUGGUCCUCAGAGCUGUUCUGGCAUGGCCAUGCUUGUAAGAAGUCCUCAGAUUGCAUAACCCUGAUUUGCUGAGCAUUGUAGCUGGUCCAUUUUUCACUGCUAAGCUUUCAAAGCUUUUCCUCUUUCAGCUGAUACUGACCAGUCUAUGUCCAAUCAGCUUUGUAGAAACAGCUCUAUUUUUAUUGGAGCUGGAGAUUUUGGGUUCAGUGUUGUGGGUUCUGUUUCCUUCCCCUAAACAUCUCCCAUCUUCCCACUACUCAUCUUUCCUUCUGAGUGUAUGCUGUGGUCAGUGACUAUAGCUUGAUGUUUUAACCCUCCUGGUUUUUCUAUCUUGAAGGGCUACAGAUACUGAACACAAUGUUGAUGGCACUAUGAUUUCCAUAGUUAUUGGACUGAUUUUUUUGUUGUUUAAAGCAAAGACAUUUUAAAAAUGUUAUAACUUUUACCUUUAUAAGGAGCUGCUUUCAGGUGUUUUUUAACAUGUAUAAUUUAUACUGUUUUAUUAUUAUUAUUAUUUAAACUUCUGGCAUCACCUGUUUUACUUUGCUGAGUCAAGGUGGAGUGAGAUAUGGAAUAUGUCUAUGUGGCACAAUGCAGUGCCAUGCUAGGAUACCAGAACUAGCUCUAAGCAAGUCAGCUCAACUACCAGAUGCAGUCUAGCACUUGACUGAGGCUAUUUAGAAGCAGGAUGGAUUGCCUUGCAGGGGGAGCAUUGAGCUAACCUGUCUAACCUGUUUCUGGUGCCUGAGCUAGCUUGAGUCUUUUUGACUAGCACUAGAUAUAUUUACAGGGUCACCGGUUAGGAGCUCCAUUCUUGAAUUGUCUGUAAGACACUUCAAGGGGUAUUUUAAAGAUUGAUUUUUCUUUUUUAAAUCAGAUUACAAUGCAGAUCCUGGAUGCCUGCUCCCCAGUGUCUUUAAGGAGAGCUUAUGACAUGCUUAUGCUGGUGACGAUCCUUUAUACUUGACAAAGAAAUGGUGGCUAUCAAGAGUAGUGAUUUACUUACAUGAAAAUGGAAGUAGGGAUGAGGAGACAGACCUCAGAUACAUCCUCAGAACAGCAAUCAUUUCAAUUCCAAGAACACUGUCAUGAUUCCACACACAACAGUGAAAAGCUGAAAUGAAUGCCUAAGAACUUACAACAAUCAUGCCCUACCAGUUGUCCAGCUGACUGUCACCUAUCUGAUGGAGAAGGAUGAAUACAAGCAGAAUGCCUUGGAAUAUUUAAUACGCACAGGUAUUUCCAGCUAUCAGGGUGGAGAGGAACUGGUAAAGAUAGAGGAUGUUUUCACUACAGGAAGUAUUUAUUUUAAAGAAAAAAAACCUAAAACCAAUGGACUGUGUUUUCCAACUGGAGGCAGUCACUGCUGCUGCAUUUAGUACAGGUUUAUUGGUGAAAGUGUAUGUACUGAACCUGCAGGUGACUAGGAAGGAGGGGGACUUGGUGCAGUUCUCCUUGCACUCUCUUGCCAUGUGGAAUCUGUGAGUAGAUUGUAAAGUGAUUCAGAACCAGUGUUUGUUAAUAAUAUUGUAAUUUUUUUUGUACAAAGUCCUAAAGGAAGAAGUCCUUUAUUUAAUAUUUUGUAAGACUGCAACUUGAAGAGGCACCUUGCCCUCAUUAAAGUGUUUGUAUUAAAGGGUUUGUAUUUUGCA